AUGGCACCCAACUUCAUGUUCAUUAUGUCCAUCCUGAUCUAUCUCUCUUCCUUCAUUGGCAUGAUCGGCAACCUCAUAGUCCUUUUCGCCUUCCUCAGCCAUGCCAUCCGGCACAAGGUGCUCCAACCUCUGGAUCGCAUCAUCGUCAACAUGGGCCUGGUGAACCUCUUCCUCUGCUGCUACAAAGCCAUUCCUGGGAUGCUCAUCUUCAGCAGCACCAGAGUCUUUGGGGAGGAGAGCUGCAGGGUCCUCCUCUACACGUACCACACGCUGAGGCUGAUCAGCAUCUGGUCAGUGGAAAACCUGAGCUUCCUCCACCUCAUCAAGAUCCGGAGGCCCAACCACCGAUGGGCAAAGUUCAUCUACAGGCAUCAGGCCCGAUACGUCAACAACACCCUUGCUGGUUGUUGGGUGGUCAGCGUCCUCUUGCAAGUCCCUUAUUUGCAGUAUGAGGAGACAGGCGUCCAGAGGAAUAAGUCUGUCACCUUCCUGGCCACUUCUACUUGCUUGAGAUCCACAGAGAGCUUUGCCAUGAGAUUUACCACCUACGCAUCCAUCAGCCUGGACCUGGUCCUUAUCCUCCUGGUCAUCAUCCUCAAUGGCUUCAUCAUAGAUCUGCUCUGGAAGCACAACAGAAAGGUCAAAGCCUAUUCCUCCACCAUAGGCAGUAGGUGGAAUAAACACACAGCCCAGGCCACCAAAAUCCUGCUUUCUCUGCUCUCCAUUUAUGUGGUUUGCUGGAUCUCUAAUGACAUGGUUUGGCUCACUAUCGUCCUGGGGUACAAUAGGAACAAUAUCGAGAACAGCUUUCUCAGUGCCUUGUAUGGCAUGCUCUCUUGCAUAUAUUAUUCAGCCAGCUCCUACGUGAUGGUAUUUGGGUACAGAAAAGUCCGUGAAUACCUUGCAGAAAUCUGCUGGUGCUUGAGAUGUAGAAGGCCCACAAUGGUUCAAAACAUCUCUUUGGAGGACACAUCCCCCAGAUGA